AUGCUGCGGCUAAACAUCACUCUGGUCACUGAGUUCAUCCUGGUGGGCUUUCCCGCUGCCCCAUGGCUGCGGGUCCUGCUCUUCUUCCUCUUCCUUGUGGUCUACCUGUUAGUGGUAGUAGAGAAUCUUGUCAUCAUGCUCACUGUUUGGGUCACUAGCUCCCUCCAUAAGCCAAUAUACUAUUUCUUGAGUAGCAUGUCCUUUCUGGAGGUCUGGUAUGUCUCUGUCACAGUCCCCAAGAUGCUGGACGGAUUCCUCCUGCAGAGACGGUGCAUCUCCUUCACAGCUUGCAUGACCCAGCUCUACUUCUUUAUCUCACUUGCCUGCACAGAGCGUGUGCUCCUGGCAGCCAUGGCCUAUGACUGCUACGUGGCCACUUGCCACCCUCUUCGAUACUCAGUCAUCAUGACCACAGGUUAUUGUAGGCAGCUGGUGGCUUUCUCUUACAUGAGUGGUUUCAUGGUCUCUGUCAUCAAGGUCUACUUCAUUUGACAUGUUGCUUUCUGCUUUCUGUGGCUCCAAUGUUAUGAACCACUUUUCUGUGAUAUCUCACCAAUCCUCAAACUGGCAUGUAAAGACAUGUCCACAGCUGAACUAGUGGACUUUGCUUUGGCUAUUGCCAUUCUUGUGUUCCCUCUCAUUAUCACUGUCCUCUCCUAUAUCUACAUUGUUUCCACCAUUCUGCAUAUAUCCUCCAUCCAGGGAAGGAAGAAGGCCUUCUCCACUUGCGCAUCUCACCUCACUGUAGUCAUAAUUUAUUACACCAUGAUUUUCAUAUAUGUUCAGCCCAGAGCUAUUGUGUCGUUUAAUUCCAACAAACUAGUCUCAGCUGUGUAUGCAAGCCUCACACCCGUGCUAAAUCCAUUCAUCUACUGCCUAAGGAACCAGGAAGUCAAGAAUGCUAUCAAAAAGACCUUGAGGGGUGGCUAAUGUCUCCUGCUCUGUUGA